UUGCUGCCUCUUGUCACAGAGAGAACGGUUCCCUUAAAUGCAGCUGCAGUCCUUCUGUGUGGUACCUGUCAGAGCCAUUCCCAGUGCGAGGUUGGGUUUGUGACCAUCAUGUCAAGAUUUGUCUGUCUGCUUUUCUGUGGAUAUAUUGCACUAAACCUGGGAAAUACUCAGAAAUUGCCAAGAGUGAAAAGGCAGAGCCUGAAGGUUCAGAUCAAUGCCACAGAUGACACUGUUUGCAUGAGGUAUCUUCGACCAAGUCAAAGCACCAAACUAGAAGGUUUUGUCCUGGGUUAUGGAAGCAACUUCUUUUCUAAUCAGUACAUCCCUUUGCCUUCAGAAGGAAAAAACUAUGUAACAGAGCUUGAUGCAGAGCCGCGGUAUUUGGUUUCAGUAAGACCAGCACGUGUUUCAAAUAACAAGAAAUCUUGUUCAGGUCGGAACAAGACACAGAAGCCCCUGCAGCUGGUGGUUGGCACUCUCACCCCAACCUCUGUGUUCCUCUCCUGGGGCAUCCUGGUCAACCCUCAACAUGACUGGACAGCAACAAGUAACUGUGCUAGUGACAGCAGGUUCUAUACAGUUCGCUACAGAGAAAAAGGUAAAGACAAGAAAUGGGUUUUUCAGCUCUGCCCAGCUACAGAGACAGUGAUUGACAAUCUGAAGCCAAACACACCUUAUGAAUUUGGAGUUAAAGACAAUGCAGAGGAUAGUGUUUGGAGCAAGACUUUGAAUCAUAAGACAGUUCUCUCUGGUAAAAAAGUAAAUGGACAACUCCAGAAUAUGUAUAAGUUGGUACCCAAUUCCCAAACACAGAUUAUACUGAGUGAUAAUAAGAAAUUGGUCCCUGUCACAAUAAUCAAACAAAUUAUUCAAAAUCGGACGCAGUCAAAAGCACCAGAUAGUUCCUCUCUCCCAGGAGCAAUAUUAGUGCACCUAAUUGUUCCAGGUCUCAAUGAAAGUCAGCAGAAACUUCCUCCUCUCCUGACAAUAGAUGACAUACCUCAAGCAUCCAGGAAAAAACUAGCUAAGAAUGAAACUGGAGUAUGGCCUGCUGAAUCCAAAACACCAGAAGUUCAAGAAAUCUCCCCACAGUCCCUUCCAGCUCAGCCUGAGAAAACACAUGGACCUGAAGACUUUAGGUCGACGCCUAAACCCAAAUUGGUGCAAACUCAAAAGAUCCCGGCUUCUAACGAAAUACAGCUACCUCCUUCCGGAUCCAGAAUCCCUGAUGCUCCAAAAAGUCCAUUGACAGAACUUGCUACUCAGAGUCCAGACUUGAAAUCCAUAUCUCUACCUUCUACAGGAAAAAAAGAGAUGGAAAUGGCUUUUGAGGAAAAAGAGACUGUUUCUUCAGGAUCCAAGCCAUCCAGUACCAUGGAAGUGCAACCAACUCGACCCGCUUCACAUGACUUUCUUCAUGUUAUUUCUACUCCCCAGACUUUUACAGCUUCAGAAAUGCCAGACACUGAUUUAGGUGAAAGGGAACCUCUUUCUUCAGGAGUCACAACAUCUGGCACGCCAGAAAUGCCACCAAUCUCAGCUGCAACCAAGAGACCAGACCUGGAAUGGACCCCGUCUGCUCCACGGGAAACCACAAGGAAGGCUGCUCGAAGACCGAGGCCGAAGUCCACCACUCCUUCCUCCCUGACAACUCAACAAACUGUGAUGGCCUCACAUGACUUUCUUCAUGUUACUUCCACUCCCCAAACUUCUACAUCUGGAAAAAUGUCAGAGCGAGAGACUGCUACGCAGGGAUCAGGCCUGGAGAUCACUUCUCAUCCCUCCAUGGAAACCAGAGGGAGUGUGAUGGCUUUUGAUGAAAAUCAGCACAUUUCUUCAAGACCUGAAACGUCAGGCAUCCAAGAAAUACCAUCAGCUAUACCUGCUCUCCCGAGACCACUUCUGGAGCCCACAUCUUUUCCUUUCCUGAAAACCACGAGGACAGUGAUGGCAACCAAGAGACCAGACCUGGAAAGGACCCCGUCUGCUCCACGGGAAACCACAAGGAAGGCUGCUCGAAGACCGAGGCCGAAGUCCACCACUCCUUCCUCCCUGACAACUCAACAAACUGUGAUGGCUUCACUGGACUCUAAUCAUAUUAGUUUCCUGUCCCAAACUUCUGCAUCUGCAGAAAUACCAAAAACAGAGACUGUUACAAGUUCAGCUGACCUGGAAAAACCUAUGCCUCCAUUUUCCAGAACACCUCAUGUGCUAACAACAACUGCGGUUUUCAGUGAUAUUCAGCCUCUUCUUUCAAGUCCUGUGGCACCUAGUAAGCCUGAAAUAGCAGAAGCUGGACCAGCAGCGACAAGUGAAUCCAUUCUGGAAUCUUUCACACCUAAAACUUCCCGUCCUUUUCAAUGGCCAAGGGUAACAUUAGCUCCAAAAGAAAAACCACUUAUUCCUUCUAAACCGAAACCAUCUGCUACCCCAGAAGUACAACAUGUGAAACCUGCCCCUAAACCACCACUUUUGGAGCCUAAAACUUCUGAGACUGUUAAACGACCAAAAGCAACCCUAGCUCCUAAAGAAGCAAAGCUCACUACUUCUGCAUCUAAACCUAGACCAUCUGCCAGACCCAAAAAGCCACGAACUAAACCUGCAACCAUUCCAGUGUCAGGCACUUCUAGGAGUCCCUACACAUAUGAACGUCCAAAGACUGCAGAGGUCUUGGAACCUAUUACACUUAGAACUGAACCACCAAGGUCACCCAUAGCUCCAAGGGUGACUCCACGUGUUCCUUCUAAACCUAAAACUUCACCCAAACCUCACGUUCCACAAGCCAAAGAUGUCCUGGAAUCUAUAACACUUAGAACUGAUCAACUAAAACCAACAAUAGUUCCUAGAGGACCACAGUAUUUUCCUUCCAAACCUAGAACAUCACCGAGCCCAGAGGUGCCACGAACAAGACCUGCUUCUAAAGAUAUAUAUCACAGGCCUUCCAAACCUAAAACAUCACCCAGUCCACGUGUUCCUCCAACCAGAGCAAGUCCCAAAGAAAGUUGGCGUGUCCCUUCCAAGCCCAGGGCAUCACCAAGUCCGGAUGUCCCAUACACAAAACCUGCUGUUAAAGAACCACAUCAUAUUCCUUUUAAACCUAGAACAACUCCCAUCCCGGAUGCUCCAUACAGGAGGCCUGAGAUUCUUCCAACCUUUGAUGAACGAGAUACAACUAUGAUUCCUCAUAUUCCUGAAAGAACAAGGGCAAUAUUUGCUCCAACUGAAAAACCAUUCAUUCAUACCAAACGAAAAACAACUGAAAGACCAAGAGUGCCAUACACCAGACCUGCAAUAUAUCCGACAACUCCGCAACCAAUUUUUACAAAAUCUUCUACCACCACUGGUCGGUCAAGGGCAACGAUGGCUCCAAAAGAAACACUGCUCAUUCCUUCCAAAUCCAAAACAUCUGUUGGGCCAGAAGUACCACAAACUAAACCUGCUCCAAGGGCAACACACCUGGGAUCAAUUAACCUUGUAACAGUUCAUGUUGUUGAUGGGUCCAAAAUAACUUUGGUUCCCAAUGAAACAUACCACAUUUCACCCAGGCCCAAAAUUGGUCAAGCAACUGAAAUUCCUUGGUUUGAUACAGCACCUCAUAAAACUCAUCUCACUUCUGCAAGACCGCAGCCUACGGAUAAACCACAGACCAGACCUGCUUUUAGGAGAACCACACUACCGCCACUAAGAACAAGAGCACCUGGACUGCCAAAGUGGAUUAUGCCAACAACAGAUGGCUUUUAUACACCUGAGGCUACUCCCAGACCAAUUGACAUGGAUGUCAAAAGACCUCCAGAAUAUGUUGACACCUGGCAAAGGCCAAUUCCUGUGACUCUACCACCUGGCCCUCAGCACCCUCCUAUUCCUCCUGCCAGACCUACACCAAUGAGAAGAAAACCUCUGCCUCCUAACACCGUCACUGGUAAACCAGGGAGCCCAGCUAAGCCUGCUGGACCAACACCACCUGUGAGGACAGGAACAUUAUAUAAGACACCAACAGCUUUUGCAACUCCAGAGUACUAUGUUGAUGCAACAGUCUUCAGCUCAAGUCCUACAUCAGAAACAGAUUCUUCAGGAAAACCAAGGUACCAAGCCCCCCAUGUCAAGUACAUGAAGAAGGAUGAUGAUGUGCCUUGCUCCAUCACAAGCUCUCUUGAACAUUUUCCCCAAGAAGAAGUUGGCAGCAAGGAAGAACCCACUCGUCCUCCCCAGAAUCCUCCAACCAACCUCACAGUGGUGACUGUAGAGGGCUGUCCAUCCUUUGUCAUAUUGGAUUGGGAAAAACCAGAUAAUGACACUGUUACUGAGUAUGAGGUUGUGUCAACUGAAAAUGGAGGAAGUGAUGGUGAAAAGGAGAAAUCAAUUAUCACUACAAAUCAAACCCAUUCUACUGUGGAAAACCUAAAACCUGACACAAGUUAUGAAUUCCACGUGAAACCCAGGAACCCCCUUGGUGAAGGUCCAAGUAGCAAUGUUGUGUCAUUCAGUACUGAAUCAGCGGACCCAAGAGUGAGUGAGCCAAUUUCAAUGGGGAAAGAUGCAAUCUGGACUGAAAUCCCAUUCAAUUCAGACUCAUACUCAGAAUGCAAAGGCAAACAAUAUGUAAAGAGGACUUGGUAUAAGAAGUUUGUGGGUGUGCAGCUGUGCAAUUCUUUGAGAUACAAGAUAUACCUCAGUGAUUCACUUACAGGAAAAUUUUAUAAUAUAGGAGACCAGAGGGGCCAUGGAGAAGAUCAUUGCCAAUUUGUAGACUCAUUCUUAGAUGGAAGGACAGGACAGCAAGAAGAUCUGCCAGUCAAAGAUGGGUUUUUCAGGGCAGUUCGUCAGGAACCCGUCAAAUUUGGGAAGAUAGGCGGGGAGACUCAGAUUAACUACGUGCGCUGGUACGAGUGUGGCACAUCGAUACCUGGCAAGUGGUGAUGCCACACACAGAGGGUGCCAAGGCCCCGCUGCCCAGCGCCGGCUGCAGGAAGGCAACGCUCACAGGGCUGGCCGAUGUGCAAGGCUUGCACCAGUCUAAUGCCAAUACUGCGUUAAUUGUGUAAUAGUGUAGGCUGCUUACUGUAGUUAUCCAGUGUUACAAAUUUGUUUUUAGAAUUUAAAAAGAAAAAACAACACAGGCUAGGGACAUGUUGUAGGAUAAUGCAUAGGGAAGCUGGCUCCCUAUUCUUGAGGUAUGGUUUAUAUGGUAUUUUAAAAGAUACAGUGUGUAUAUUAUUUAUCACGGUGUUGUAAUAAAUGUUUAAGGCACAGAUAUGCCAGAGUUGGUCAUGGAAUGCAAUGUGCGUUAGUUUUAAAUAUUCACUGGUCCUGUAAUGCAAGUGCCAUAAGCUACCCAUCCUAAUCCAUCUGUAACAUCUCCCAGUCAUAAAUUAUAGAAAAGAUCCUAUAAUUUUUAAUAUCCUGCAGCCAGUAAACUUGAAGCACUUUCUCCUUACAUGUUCAAACAGUUUAUGCUCCUGCCAAAAUGCCAGGUAGGUUGCUGUAUGUGCAGCUUUAAAUGAUAAAGUUCAGUGGAGUUUUCUUCCAUGUCUGUUUUCAAAUGUUUCAGCCCCAGCCAAAGCCAUGUUCAGCCUGUCACUAUGGAGGCAGAGCCUGGCAGUGGCUGGCAGGGAGGGCUGGUGUUUUCUAACUGAAGUGGACAGGUACAUAUGUACAUGGAAAGAAAAAACAAAGCUGGCCUCUACAGCUGGGGCUUUUCAGGAAAAUGUCAUUUUCAGAGUCUGACACUUACUGGUUCAAAAGCCAAAUGUAUGUACCAUGCAAGGGGACUUGGAAAGACAAAUGAAAGAGGAAGAAGAAUAAACUAAUUAUAAGAGCAUGAUCAGGUUUAUUUUAUUUAAAAAGAAAAAUUCUGGUUUAAAACAGUUUUCAUUGGGGACAAAGGGGAAAUACUGAUAACUGAACUUUAGAACUGCUUUACAGUUAUUUUAAUUAAAACCUCUUCCAAAGCUACUUGUUGUACUGCUUGAACAUUUAUGAACUAAAUAAAGAGAUGUAGGUUUUUUUUAAGGUGUUAUUCAUUACCUUACUAAUGUAUUGAAGAAAUAUGAACAGGAACUACCAGAUCUAUAUAGUAGUCAUUUAUAGAAAAUGCCUUAUAAAGUACAUUGCAGGUACACUGUACUCCUAAUAAAAUAUUUUUUAAUCAA